AUGCAGCGCGCACUGAGCUCGCGAGCCAGGGCCACGGCUCUGUCCUCGGCUGCCUCCCGGUAUCGCGCCGGAGCCGGCCUCGGCCAGCAGCUGCGCUUCGCCCACAAGGAGCUCAAGUUUGGUGUUGAAGGCCGCGCCGCUCUCCUGGCUGGUGUCGACACCCUGGCCAAGGCCGUCGCGACCACCCUGGGUCCCAAGGGCCGAAAUGUCCUGAUUGAGUCCAGCUUUGGCUCGCCCAAGAUCACCAAGGAUGGUGUCACUGUCGCCAAGGCCGUCAGCCUCAAGGACAAGUUCGAGAACCUCGGCGCCCGGUUAUUAUCAGACGUCGCCAACAAGACCAACGAGGCAGCCGGUGACGGCACCACCACCGCCACCGUCCUCGGCCGCGCCAUCUUCUCCGAGACCGUCAAGAAUGUCGCCGCUGGCUGCAACCCCAUGGACCUCCGCCGCGGCAUCCAGGCUGCUGUCGAUGCCGUCGUCGACUACCUCCAGAAGAACAAGCGCGACAUCACCACCAGCGAGGAGAUUGCUCAGGUCGCCACCAUCAGCGCCAACGGCGACAGCCACGUCGGCAAGAUGAUCGCCAACGCCAUGGAGAAGGUCGGCAAGGAGGGUGUCAUCACCGUCAAGGAGGGCAAGACCCUGCAGGAUGAGCUCGACGUCACCGAGGGCAUGCGCUUCGACCGCGGCUUCGUCUCCCCCUACUUCAUCACCGACACCAAGGCCCAGAAGGUUGAGUUUGAGAACCCCCUCAUCCUCCUGUCUGAGAGGAAGAUCUCCGCCGUUCAGGACAUCAUCCCCGCCCUUGAGGCCUCUACCCAGCUGCGCCGCCCCCUUGUCAUCAUUGCUGAGGACAUUGACGGCGAGGCCCUUGCUGUCUGCAUCCUGAACAAGCUCCGCGGCCAGCUCCAGGUCGCUGCCGUCAAGGCUCCCGGCUUCGGUGACAACCGCAAGUCCAUCCUUGGCGACAUUGCCGUCCUCACCAAGGGCACCGUCUUUUCUGACGAGCUCGACAUCAAGCUUGAGAAGGCUACCCCCGACAUGCUCGGCUCCACCGGCUCCAUCACCAUCACCAAGGAGGACACCAUCAUGCUCAACGGCGAGGGCUCCAAGGACGCCAUUGCCCAGCGCUGCGAGCAGAUCCGCGGCGUCAUUGCCGACCCCACCACCUCCGAGUAUGAGAAGGAGAAGCUCCAGGAGCGCCUGGCCAAGCUCUCUGGCGGUGUCGCCGUCCUCCGUGUCGGUGGCUCCUCUGAGGUCGAGGUCGGUGAGAAGAAGGACCGCUUCGUUGAUGCCCUGAACGCCACCCGCGCUGCCGUCGAGGAGGGCAUCCUGCCCGGUGGCGGCACUGCCCUCAUCAAGGCCUCCAGCCAGGCCCUCAACGAGGUCAAGGCUGCCAACUUCGACCAGCAGCUCGGCAUCACCAUCGUUAAGAAUGCCAUUACCCGACCUGCCCGCACCAUCAUCGAGAACGCCGGCCUCGAGGGCUCCGUCAUUGUUGGCAAGCUUCUCGACGAGUACGCUGCCGAGUUCAACAAGGGCUUCGACAGCGCCAAGGGCGAGUACGUCGACAUGAUCCAGGCCGGUAUCCUUGACCCCCUCAAGGUCGUCCGCACUGGUCUCAUCGACGCUUCCGGUGUUGCCUCCCUGCUCGGCACCACCGAGGUUGCCAUCGUUGAGGCUCCCGAGGACAAACCCGCCGGCCCUCCCAUGGGUGGCAUGGGCGGUAUGGGCGGCAUGGGCGGCAUGGGUGGCAUGAUGUAA